CAAAACAAUGUUAUUUAGGUUAAUUUUGCUAAUAAAAAUACGAAUUUCAUGAAUUAUGUGUAGAAUUGGUUGUAUUUCGAUUCAGCAAUAUUAUUAUUUACAGUGACAAGUGCUGUUCAAGUUAUAUUUAUAAUGACUUCGCUACUUUCAGCCGAACUUUCGGCUACUUGCAAUGCGUUAGGAACAUUUGAUAAAAAGACGGGAAAAUACCUUAUUGACGACUAUACUUUAAAUACAGUUAAAGAUUUGGUAAGAUAUCUUCGUCGUGAUGGCGAGGACCAUGAAAUCCGAAGACAUUUUGGCCAAACGAAGGUCUUACAAACAGACCUAAUGCCGAUGUUGAUUGAUCAUUGGGAAAAUGCAGAACUGUUUGAUGUAACUCUCAGGCUGUUAGUUAACCUAACAAACCCAGCACUCCUACUGUACAGAGAAGAAAUACCAGUUGAAAGAACAGCAAGACACAAUUAUUUGCAAAUAUUGUUGCAUUUGCAAUAUUAUAAGGAAGAAGCAUUCACAAAGGUAGAAACAUGGAAUGUAUUUGCUAAAAAAUUAGCAAAAAUUUUGGAAAUUGACUGGAGUGAAAGAGACGAAGACACGGGUUUAAUUAUUGAGAGAAUAUUGAUUCUCAUUAGAAAUGUUCUUCAUGUACCUGCUGACCUUGACAGAGAGAGACGGCCAGAGAAUGACGCUAGUGUUCAUGACCAGGUCCUCUGGGCAUUGAACCAGUCAGGAAUCCUUGAUAUAAUCCUGUAUAUGUCAUCUGAGAAUGAGAAGCAGUAUUUCAUGCACAUCCUGGAGAUUAUCACACACCUGCUCCGGGAACAGAACCCAAGUAGCCUGGCUGAUGCCGCUCUGCAGCGCAGUGUUGAUGAGAAGCUGAGAGACGAGCAGGAACUCCUCUCCAUCAGACUGGCUGAGAACACACAGAGAUUGAAUAAAAUCAAACAGUAUUCAGCUACAAGGCAUUCCCGUUUUGGAGGCACAUAUGUUGUGCAAAACAUGAAAUCUAUAUCGGAUAAUGAGAUAAUCUGUUUGAAGCCUCUGAACAAAAUAUCCAAUCUGGACUUCAAUGGAAGUAAAAAGUCUAAAUUAGUUAAACCUAAAAACCGGAGGCCUGUGGAAAGUGGUAUUUUAGAGAGAAGAUCAGCUUUUGCCAUAAGAUUAUUUUUAAAAGAAUUCUGUAUCGAAUUUUUGAAUGGCUCCUACAAUCCUCUAAUGCAUUAUGUGAAAGAUGUGCUUGUUAGGAAUAUAGCUCAACAAAAUGACGAGUCAUAUUACUUGUGGGCUGUGAAAUUCUUCAUGGAAUUCAACAGAGGUCAUAAUUUUCAAGUUGGAUUAGUCAGUGAAACAAUGUCGGUUCCAAUGUUCCAUUAUGUUCAGCAACAAAUGGAGAAGUAUUAUGACAUGAUAAGGGUUGAGAAGAAGAAAUUCACGGCAUGGGUGAGGCGACUCCAUCUAUCAUUGAGGGCAUACAAGGAACUCCUUAACACACUAUUGGCUAUGGACAAGAGCACUGAUAUAACAGUGAAAGAUUCCGCCAAAGUUAUAAAAAGUAAUAUAUUUUAUGUUCUGGAAUACAGAGAAUUUAUCCUGUCCACUUUUCUGAAUUACGAUGAGAAUAAAAUGCCCAGGUCUUAUCUAGUGGAUUUGGUUGAGACUGUUCACCUAUUUUUGAAAAUGUUAGAACAUUAUUGUAAGAAGACAGGUUUGGUGGUUCAGAAGAAAGUCCGAAAGAAGCCUAAGUCUAAAAAACAGAGAAGUCGUCCUCAGAAGUCGAAGCCCCCGGCGAAGCUAGCAGAGAUCCCCGCGUGGGAAGAGGCGCGUGCGCAGCUGGCGAGCGUGCUGGCGGCCGGCGCGGGCGACCAGCCGCCGCCCUUCGACGCCGCCUCCGACGUGCCCAUCGACCAGCAGAAGGAAAAUUGCAUGAAGAACAUACAAAAGCGGAUGCGUGAAUACAAAUUCGAAGACGCCGUCGGGAUGUUUAGAGCCGCCAGGGAAGUGUGGCCAGAGGAAGGUAUUUUUGGCGAAAGCGGCAUCGCGGAAGAUGAAGAGCUCAAUAUGUUGGAAACCAUUUAUAACGCCGAUUUGGGUGUGGAGGCUGCUCAGGAAACAAAUGGCGAUCAAGACGAGAGUCCACCAAAUUCAGAGUUUGACGAAGAAGAUGAAGAAGAAGAAGAAGAAACCACCACGGCAAUUGUUGAAACUGAUUUUGAUUUUCAAGAUUUUGUUCAGAGGUUCUGUCACCCGCGAGUGGUGAGCGCGUGUGUCACUCUACUGGAGCGUUAUGACAAAAACCUCCCGUACACGAAUCACUGCGUCGCCAAAAUGCUACACCGAAUAGCGUGGGACUGCAAAAAACCCUCCAUGAUGUUCCAAGGGACUUUAUUUUUAAUAUUCCAAAAGAUACUUAACAAUCCCCUGCCGCAAUUUAAGGAACUGGAAAAAUUUGCUCUGUUCAUCCUGAGGAAGUUUACGGAAAUAGCGUCGAGAAAUACGAAAGUUUUUAUUGAACUCUUGUUUUGGAAAACUUCGAAAGACGCCAUCGAGAUCGAACUCGGCUACGAUCUCUACGCUGAUGAAAAAGACAAAGUGGGCAAGGGCACUUGGUCUGGAGAACAGGAGGAGGAACUCCGAAAAUUAUACAUGGAGAACCAAACCAAUCCGGAGACGGAUCAAGACGUAAUAGACUGGAUACUGGAUAACUUGAUCGAUCGCAGCCGCACACGUCGAAGCGUUAUUAAAAAGCUAAGGGAAAUGGGACUCAUUUUCCGUGCGCCAACCAAGCGCAGUAACAAAGAGCGACAAAGGGAAAAAGUACCCAAAGAGUUCAGUGAAGAAGAAGAUCAGCUAUUGAGAGAACUGUGGGACCAGUACGGGGACACACAGGACCCGAUGGGUGUGAUAAUCGCGAGGAUGCCGCGGAAGCGUCAGAAGCGUAGUUUCAUAGAGAGGUUAUUAGAGCUGGGUAUAAUACAGGAUAAGAAGCAGUGUCGGAAGAAGAGACACAAGAAAUCUGGUAAAAGCGCGGGCUCGGGAUCCGAUGUUCGGUCAAGCUCAGAUUCAGAAUCGGACAAAGAUUCAGAGUCGGGCAAAGAUUCAGACGCGAGACCAACGUCGCCUGUGGUCAGGAAGAAGCCGACCAAGAAAGCUAGCCAACGAAAAGAAACGCGUAAAACAAAAAAAGGGCCACAAAAUGUCGAGCUCAGCGCUAACGAAAUUGCGAAAUUAUUGGUGCAGGCUGUGGACGACGAGUACAGUGAAGCGCUAAGAUGGCUAGCGGAGAAUUUGGAAGAGGUAGCGCUGGACCAAGAGGCGGAGGGCUACGACCCCGAGGCCGAGGGCACGCCCCUCGUGCCCAUAUCUAAGGAAUCCGUCGCCGCCAUGCAGAGCCAAUUGUUUCAGAAAGUCCUACAAGGAGUUGGCGUUCAACCGCCUAGUGACGAGCAGGAGCAAUACUGGCGAAUACCAAGCACGUUACACCAUGAGACUAUAAGGAAAAGGCGAGAAAUCAUUAUGAAGGCGGUACAUAAGGAGCUUAUAAUUGACGCGACCAUUGAGCGAGCGGAAAGUCAGCAAGGAAUAGAGAGAACGGCCGCUGAAUCGAGUGACGACGACGAUUUAUUCGAUAACUUACGGAAAAUGCGCGAUAAUAAUGCGGAAAUUCCUCCGGUCAAGAGUAACGGCAGCUUUAAUAGUGGAGUAACAAGUAGUCGCAAACGAAGUCGCAGCGUCGAUUCCGACGACGACGGGAAGGAGACAAUGCAAAAAAUCGAAGAAGGGGACGAAGUGAACGAAGAUGACGAUGAUAUUCUGUCGUUCGCGAAGAAAACUCUUCAACAGGACCUGCCUGACACAGAAGAUAUAUUAAGCAAUUUACCCAGGAAUCAUAGCGACAGCGAGAAUGAGGAUGAAGUGAUUUUGCCAGCGAAACGAGGCAAGAAGAAGCGUCGCAUUGUUAUAGAAGAUGACUCCGAUUAGAUUAUCUGUAAGCUUUCUUUUAUUAAUUAUGAUAAUUUGAUGAAUGUGUGAAUAAAUUAGUAUUUGUUAUAUGACAUA